CUUCGCUGCGCACGCCGUCCCGUCAUCCAAUAGGAGCGGCGUGUGUAGCGAGGUGAUGGCAGCGAUGGAGCGCGCGGAUGUCGGGGAAGCAGAGGCAUUACCGGAGCGUCCGGGACACCCCGGGGACGCGGCGACAUCGAUGGACAGCGACAUCCCGGGCAGCGGUGACGGUCCGGAGCGGCGGGGACAGUGAGGAGUCAACGAGAUAGCUAUAUCGUAAUACAUCGGAAUACGAAGAGGCACAACAUCUCGGAGUCACCAUGAGAGCAUUCUUGGCCAUCAUCUUCAUCAUCUCGGCCACCAUUAAAGCAGGUAACUGUGUGGUGUGCAUUGAAUGCAAUAAUAGUACUAGUCCCGACUGUGCAGGAGACCUGGUGACUUGUGGAACCUGUAUGACAAUGGUAAUCGAGACAAACUCCAAAGAUGGGAACGACACCUCAUAUUCUGUGGAAAAGACGUGUAACUUUAACUCUACUAUCUGCAAUAUCACAUACAGUGUCAACAGUGACCAAUUCCAGGCUAGGUACACAGUGAACUGCUGCGACACAGACUACUGCAACAAAAAUGCUCUUGAAGUCACCCCCUGGAACAACACAGAGAAUGGCGUGGAAUGUCCCACGUGCUACGCUGCAGACGGACAGAACUGCACCGCCAAUAACACCGUCCAAUGUACCGGAGACGAGAACAAAUGUAUAGACUUCUCAGGAAAAGCCCCAAGGGAAGGAACCUGUCAGACACUUGCGUUCCAGGGUUGUGUGACUGACCUUUGGUGCGACCAUUCUGGAUACCUGUACCCUGACAACGCAGAGUGUGAGAGCGGCACCAUGAAUUGCUCCAAUGGGAGGAACUCCACUCACGUACAAUAACAAGAACGUUUUGGAUUUCUGAAUUUCCCACUUUGGACACCGGUGGCACCGGGGCAUGAAAAUGGCUAUGUAAUGGACAUUUUUGGCUUAGCUGAUUUUUUUCAAUGACACUGAAAUAAACUGAGCUGGGAUGGACUGUAUAACAUAUGUCUUAGUAUCAUA